UAAUUCCUCUCCUCUUAAACAUCUACAAAUUUGCAAAUCGUAUUUAAUGCAUUAAAUUUUUACGAUUUUCGCAUACGUAGGUAAACCAAUACCAACAACGACCCUAAGAUUUCUGAAAAAUAGAAAAAUCACAUCUUUUUGAAAAGCAACUGAAAGUCAAAGUAAGCCAUAAUUUGUUAGAGUUGUAAAAUCUUUAUACUGUUGCAUGAAUUGAGAUAAUACUCGUAAAUUUUUGACAUAUAAGCUGCGCAGAAAUGACUACGGAAUUUGAAAAUGAAAUCCCGGUACAGCAGUUUGUUUCUUGCUUUCGAGCGUACUCUUCAAAAUUUCUCUUCUUCCCCUGUCUUUUAAUGUCAAUUAUUUUCAUGCAAUGGUUAAUCUCCAUCGGUUCUUAUUCUGGACGAAACUCUCCUCCUAUGUAUGGGGAUUUUGAAGCUCAACGACAUUGGAUGGAGUUGACUCUGCAUUCUCCUAUCUCAAAUUGGUACUUUGAAGAUCUGGAAUGGUGGGGAUUGGAUUAUCCCCCUUUGACGGCAUAUGUUUCAUUAUUGUUCGGAUAUAUUGGUCACUAUUUCUUUGAUCCUAGCUGGUUUGCUCAUUUUUCUUCUCGAGGAUUCGAGAAUCUCGAUUUGAAGCUGUAUAUGAGAACUACAGUUAUUCUUUCUCACCUUCUUAUUUUAGUACCACCUUUGAUAUUUUACUCUAAGUGGUGGGCUAGACGUGUUCCUGAUUUCGUCGAACGUAAUGCAUUGCUUGUGAUGGUUCUUUUUCAACCGGCUUUACUACUUGUCGACCAUGGUCAUUUCCAAUAUAACUGUGUUAUGCUUGGCUUGGUAAUGUACUCUAUCGCAAAUCUUUUGAAAAAUCAAUAUGUUGCUGCAGCAUUCCUGUUCUGCUUAGCUCUUUCCUUUAAGCAGAUGGCUUUAUACUUUGCACCUUCCAUCUUUGCUUAUUUACUUGGUGGUUGCUUCAAACCCCAAUUUCAGUUUUCCAGACUGUUUGCCUUGGCAAUCACUGUUAUAUUUACUUUUGGUUUAAUGUUUUUCCCUUGGAUCUAUAUUGACUAUAAAACUCAAUUACCACAGGUUAUUCACCGUAUCUUUCCUUUUGCUAGAGGGUUAUUUGAAGACAAAGUCGCAAAUUUCUGGUGUGCUAUCAAUACAGUUUUUAAAGUAAGAGAUUAUUUUAGUACUCAACAUUUACAAUGUCUAUCUUUAUUGUUUACACUGAUCUCUAUACUUCCGUCUUGCUGCGUUCUUUUCUUGUAUCCGAGAAAAAGAUUGUUAGCCCUUGGCUUUGCGAAUGCUGCCUGGGGAUUCUUUUUGUUUUCAUUCCAAGUUCACGAGAAGUCCGUGCUAAUUCCUCUUUUAUUAACUACUGUUAUACUUUGUCACGGACAUUCAACUACAAAGUCUUGGAUAGCUUUAGCGAAUAACCUUGGCAUGUUUAGUUUAUGGCCUCUUUUGAAAAAGGACAACCUCGGAUUACAGUAUUUUACCGUCUUACUUAUGUGGAACUGGAUUGGUAAAAUGGUCGUCUUUUCCAAAAACAUUCUUUUCCGUUAUUUGCAAAUGGCAUUUUAUCUCGCGAUGAUUAUAAUUUUCGUUCUUGAUCUGUUUAUAACACCUCCUUCUCGAUAUCCGGAUCUAUGGAUAGUUCUAAACGUUACUCUCUCUUUUGCUGGAUUUCUCGUUAUAUAUUUAUGGACACUGUCUAGGUUACUUUACAUUUCUAGCAGGUUAUCAACAGAUUUACGAACGAAAAAGCAUGCUUAGUUUUUGAUUUCUCUCCUUCAAUUCACUUAUUUGACUACCGUUAGUUUAACAUUUACAUAGUUAAAUUGAAAAUAAAGAAUGUUCAUUCAUUACGCAAAACACUAA